GAAAAAGGGGGAACGUUUCCAGGAGUCAGAGAUGGAUAUGUUAUUAUUUAUUAGAUGACAGGCUUUUAUUUGUUUUUAUUUAUUUAUUUAUUUUAUCAUAUCAUCCUGUCAAUAACUGGGUCACUUCCGGUCUCUGAGUCAUCCCUGUCCUACCGCAACUAGCACUCCGUUCAUCAUUCAUUAAAAAAAUUAAUCCUCUCCGGCUUUUUUAUGAUCACGUCUGUCUCCUCAUCUUCACCUUCAUCAUCAUCAUCACAGACUUCCGGUCAGACAAACUGUCUCCUGGAUCAUCUUUCAGUUCUAAAGCCGCGGCAGAACUCAUCUUCCGGUCGGAUCAGGAGCCACAGCGUCCCGGGGAACUGUUCAGCCCUGUUCACAUCAACAAGGCAGCUGGAGAGCGAGCAGGAGCAGAGCAGGUCUCACCAUCACCUGCAGCCCGGCUGUAAUGUCGGACAGGCGCGUGACGUCAUCACGCAGGACGCAGCGCCGCGCACUGAACCGGAAGUGACAGUGAUUCCUUAAUUGUUGUGGUCACUUCAUUAAAACUGUUCAUUAGUGAGCAUCAUGUCCAGUAAAGAGGUGUCCAGCAGUCACCCUGCGCAGUACGUGGGGCCGUAUCGCCUGGAGAAGACCCUGGGGAAAGGACAGACAGGUUUGGUGAAACUGGGUGUCCACUGUAUCACAGGACAGAAAGUGGCUAUAAAGAUUGUAAACAGAGAGAAACUCUCAGAGUCUGUCCUCAUGAAGGUGGAGAGAGAGAUCGCCAUUCUGAAGCUAAUCGAACAUCCGCACGUCCUCAAACUGCACGAUGUGUACGAGAAUAACAAAUACCUGUAUUUGGUGUUGGAACACGUGUCUGGAGGUGAGCUGUUUGAUUAUUUGGUGAAAAAAGGCAGACUGACUCCUAAAGAGGCGCGGAAGUUUUUCAGACAGAUCAUCUCAGCUCUGGACUUCUGUCACAGUCACUCUAUAUGUCACAGAGACCUGAAGCCGGAGAACCUGCUGCUGGAUGAGAAGAACAAUAUCAGAGUCGCUGACUUUGGCAUGGCGUCUCUACAGGUGGGGGACAGUCUACUGGAGACGAGCUGUGGAUCUCCUCAUUACGCGUGUCCUGAAGUCAUUAGGGGGGAAAAGUAUGAUGGUCGUAGGGCAGAUGUAUGGAGCUGCGGUGUUAUCCUCUUUGCUCUGCUGGUGGGGGCGUUGCCCUUUGACCACGAUAAUCUGCGGCAGCUGCUGGAGAAGGUGAAGAGCGGAGUGUUCCACAUGCCUCACUUCAUCCCCCCGGAGUGUCAGGCUUUGCUGAGGGGCAUGAUCGAGGUCAACCCCGAGAAACGCCUUACGCUGGAAGCAAUACAGAAACACCCGUGGUACCUCGGGGGUCGUAAUGAGCCGUGUCCGGAGCAGCCUCCUCCCAGGCGAGUGUGUGUGAAGAGGAUUGUGUCUCUGACGGAGUUGGACCCUGAUGUGUUGGACAGUAUGCACUCUCUGGGCUGCUUCAGGGACCGAGUCAAACUCACCCGAGACCUGCAGUGCGAUGAAGAAAACCAGGAGAAGAUGAUCUACUACCUGCUGCUGGACAGGAAGGAGCGCUACCCCAGUUACGAGGAUGAAGAUCUUCCCCCCAGGAAUGAUAUCGAUCCUCCCCGUAAACGUGUGGACUCUCCCAUGCUGACCCGUCAUGGCCGCUGCAGGCCGGAGAGGAAGAGCCUGGAGGUCCUGAGUGUGACGGAUCAGGGCUCUCCAACCCCGCCCCGCCGAGCCCUCGACACCUCCGCACACAGCCAGAGAUCUCGCUCCGUGAGCGGAGCCUCCACCGGUCUGUCCUCCAGCCCCCUGAGCAGCCCGAGAAGUCCGGUUUUCACAUUCAACCAAUCCGAGGUCGCCUCCGCCUCCGCCGCACAAGCCAAAGAUCCCAAAGCGGGGAGCGGCCCCGCCCCUCGGGCGGCCCAGCGCGUGCCUGAUCAAAAAACCCAGACGCUUCCAUCCAAGGCGGCAACCGACCGGCCACACCUGCAGUCUAUGAAGUCCCUCCCCCUGCAGACGCCGCCCUCCCCCUCCCCUUCCCCGUCUCCACUCCUCUCCCCCAUCCCUCGUUUCUUCUUCUUCCCCGCUCCCUCCGUCCUGAAGUCCGUCACUAAGUCCAUCUAUCCUAACUCUGCCCAUGUGUCGCAGGUCACGCCCCAGGAUUCCCCGCUUCCCACCCCCCUUGGAACCCCCCAGCACCCCCCUCCCACCCCACCGUCCUCCUCUUCCUCCUCCUCCUCCUCGCGGGCUGAAGGGGGCGGGGCUGGAAGUAGCGCAGGGGGCGGCUCCCUGUCCCUCACUCCCCCCUCCAGCCCCGGCGCAGGUGGUGGAAUGGCUGCUAGUAGCUCCGCCCAUUGGAGGAGUCGUCUCAACUCGUUCAAGAACAACCUGCUGGGUUCACCACGCUUCCAUCGCCGCAAGCUGCAGGUUCCUACAUCAGAAGACAUGUCCAGCCUGACCCCGGAGUCCAGCCCAGAGUUGGCUAAGAAGUCUUGGUUUGGGAACUUCAUCAGUCUGGAAAAAGAGGAGCAGAUUUUUGUUGUAAUCCGAGACAAACCUCUGAGCUCCAUCAAGGCUGACAUCGUCCACGCUUUUCUAUCAAUCCCAUCGCUGAGCCACAGCGUGAUCUCCCAGACGAGUUUCCGUGCAGAAUACAAAACCUCCGGUGGUUCCUCCGUCUUCCAGAAGCCCAUCAAAUUCCAGGUGGACAUCUCCUUCUCCGAGGCCGAGCGGGAACGAGAGCGAGGGAGGGAAGGGAAAAGGGAGACUGGGAUCUACAGCGUGACCUUCACCCUCAUCUCAGGUCCUAGUCGCAGGUUUAAGAGAGUGGUGGAGACGAUCCAGGCUCAGCUGCUCAGUACUCAUGACCAGCCGUCUGUGCAGGCCCUCGCCGACCCUGACCGUUUAUCUUUAACAGAUGAGAAGAACGGGAUCUCCUCUCAUCCCCCUGGCACUCCCACCCGCCAGAACUCGCGGCGCUCUGAAGGGGGCGGAGACCGCAACGAGAGGGCGGAGCGUGCAGACGGUGCAGGUACGGGAGGCAGCGGUAGCGUCAUCCAGCGCAAAGGGUCGGGCAAGGACAAGACCCGCCUCCUAUCGUCCAACGGAACCCAGUCUCAGCCUUGAGAGAACUCUCCGGAAAACAGAUACAGAGCUUUGACUCUGUUCUCCCGGACCCCUCACCCAGAAAUUCCCACAAUCCCUCAGUCACAGACCCCCGACUCCCCAUCGGUAAAACCUGUAGCCCCAAAGCAGCUGGGAGGAAACUAUUAGCGUAUUGAAGAAGAAAUGGAUGCUGUUACUCACCGACACCACGAAUCACCUGCGAACACCUGAACCUGCUCAAAGAGCCGGAACUAUGAUGUCAGUCACCUCGCGCGUGCAGAGGAUCUCGCGUCCGAACUUACUCUGAGCAUCUCGAGGCGGAGCUACACCACGUACUCAUUAGUUACUGAUCACCUGGACGGAGGAUCGUCUCGUUUUCAUCAUCACGUCAUCAUCUUUGUCGUCAUAGAAACACACUCCUUUUUCAAAUAAAUGUCACUCAUACAGACCGCCUUCCUGAAGACACCGAGAGAACAAUCCGGAUUCGUGUGCUCCGGGGACACGUGGAGGAAACGUGGAUUGGAGCGCAGACAGAACCUCGCCUCGCGCCGGAUUAACACGCUGGAAGUGAGGUGUGUGUAGAGCAUCCGGUGUGUGAAAGCAAAUCAAACCCCAACACAACUCUCAACACAACUCUGAGCACGGCACGGUUUAAUCCUCUGAUGUUUAAACCUCCUUUUACCCCUCCGGAAUCAGACAGGACGAGAACACGGCGAGCUCGGAGUCCAAAACAACCCGAAAGAAGAAGAGAAUUCAGAGUGAACGAAUCCAAUCAAGUGAAGAAUGUCAAAGAUAAACGAACAAAAAAAGCUAUUUUAAAAGUAUUUAUUUCAUUUAAGAUCCGAGUACAUUUAUUUUAAAGGUGUUAUUUAUUUAUUUAUUUAUUUAUUUAUUUAUUUAAAUGGGUGCUGUAGAGUUAGCAGGCGAACAGAUGAAGCAGUGGCCGGAAAAUUUGUCACGUUCAUUUCGUUCCCAAACAUUAAAAUCAUGCUGCAAAAGUUUUACGUUGAAAAGCUGCUGUUUCAGUUCUGUUUGUGUUUCUGUUCUACUUCUUUUUCAUUUCACAACAAUAAAAAUCAAAUAAAAAACAAAUGCAACACAACAAUGACGACAAGUGAAAGAAGAGCAAGAAAGGACUUGGAGAAGAACUUCACACCUCAGAUGUUCCUGGCAGUAAAUAUUUGGCAAAAUCAUGAAGAAAUAAAAAAGUUUAUAAACUGAACUGAGACUUGGAGAGGAGGAGGAGGAAGAGGAAGAGGAGGAAGAGGAAGAGGAGGAGAAGUGAAGUUCCGCCUUCUUCAGCAUCAUUAAGAAUGUUAACCACAAAAACCCAAAGCAAACACUCUGAGAGACAGAUCCAUGUACUGAAUGUGAGCAGUAUUCACACACACACACACACACACACACACACACACACACACACACACACACUCUCCCCAUCUCUCUCUCUCUCUCUCUUUAUGCCCCGCCCCCUCUGACAGAUCUACACCUAAGUAGUAAAGAAAAGACUGUAAGGUUUUAGGGUUUCAUUCCUCCUGCACAUCCAGACAACACAACCGGUUUCUCAUGGUUCCUGUGUUUAGCGCCAAUAAAAACAUGAAGAAUAAAACAUCUGGACUGCAGCAAUACACUCGAAGCUACAGAUGUGUUUUAAGGCCACGUUAAAGGGACUGAAAAGGUUCAGGGAUGAGGUUGUGAUGUUUUGAGGAGGAACGUUGUGAGGUCUACUGCUACCAGAAUACCGUUUUUAUUUUAUAAGAAUGACUCAGGUCCUUUAGAUAAAGAAUAAGACUGUAAUGUUACUUCUCAUUUCAGGUAAAUAUCGAAAGUUCUGCUUCAAGCGAAGACUGAUCUGAGAUCUUUGUGGUUUGUUUUCUAAAAUAAACGCUGUAGAUCUUCCUGCACGCUCGAUUCAGAGCUCGAGGACUUUCCUGCUUCAGCGAAUCCACACCAUGACGGUUCCUGUUCACACAUUUACUCUCCUACUGUUCUACAACUUCCUCAUGUUACAGCUUUAUUCUAAAAACAACAACAACUCAGAUCCUCGCAGUAGACCAGACAACUUCGUCUGUUCCAACUUCAUCCCCAAAUCCUGCUUUUACUUUCUAAAGCUGUGUAGAGCAGCGUCGCACAAUAACACAACCACACAAUAACACCGUCACACAAUCACACAAUCACACAAUGACACCGUCACACAAUAACACCAUCACACAAUAACACCAUCACACAAUAACACAAUAACACCAUCACACAAUAACACCAUCACACAAUAACACAAUCACACAAUAACACCAUCACACAAUAACACAAUCACACAAUAACACAACCACACAAUAACACCGUCACACAAUCACACAAUCACACAAUGACACCGUCACACAAUAACACAAUCACACAAUAACACAACCACACAAUAACACCGUCACACAAUCACACAAUCACACAAUGACACCGUCACACAAUAACACAAUCACACAAUAACACAAUCACACAAUAACACCAUCACACAAUAACACAAUAACACCAUCACACAAUAACACCAUCACACAAUGACACAAUCACACAAUGACACCAUCACACAAUAACACCAUCACACAAUAACACAAUCACACAAUAACACAACCACACAAUAACACCGUCACACAAUCACACAAUCACACAAUGACACCGUCACACAAUGACACCGUCACACAAUAACACAAUCACACAAUAACACCAUCACACAAUAACACAAUAACACCAUCACACAAUAACACCAUCACACAAUGACACAAUCACACAAUGACACCAUCACACAAUAACACAAUCACACAAUAACACAAUAACACCGUCACACAAUAACACAAUAACACCAUCACACAAUAACACAACCACACAAUCACACAAUAACACAAUAACACCAUCACACAAUAACACAAUAACACCAUCACACAAUAACACAACCA